AGGAACGAAUUUCAUCGCAACGCAUCACUAUCUCUUUCUCCGACGUGCAAGCAGGAGGCGAAGAAUUCGCGAGUGUUUAACUGCCAUCCGAAAUCGGUGAAACCGUACCAGAAUAUGGCAUCGUUGGUGAAUAGUGUACGCGGCCUGGCCUGCCGAAAUACGUCCUUGCUUCGUUGCAUACUGGCACGUUCGGUGUCCUCGGUCGUUGUUGUCCGGCGGGAUCGGUGUAAUGAGAAGUUUUUGACAGCCCCGGCCUCUGCGCUGCUCUCCCCCAUUGAGAAAAAUGGUCGAUGGCAACUAGAGAUAGUCAGAAAUUACAGUGCUAAAGAACCGCUAACACUACAGCUGAUCAAAGAGCGUGUCCUGCUGGUGCUAAAGCUGUACGACAAAGUCAAUCCCGAAAAGCUCACACUGGAAUCGCACUUCAUCAAUGACCUCGGGCUUGACUCGCUGGAUCACGUCGAGGUGAUAAUGGCCAUGGAAGACGAAUUCGGCUUUGAAAUUCCCGAUGGAGACGCAGAAAAGCUUUUCAGACCUGCCGACAUUGUUCAGUAUAUUGCUGACAAGGAAGAUAUCUAUGAAUAAGGUUUUCAUAAGCAGGGCCCAACUGUAAAAACCCAGUUUUUGUCAGAUGCUGUAGAUCCUAGUAUGAGAAUUUGAUGAUGAAUGUUUUUAACAGAUACAAUUCAUGGUCACCAACGUCGUCUGCAUGCUGCUAGCAAGAAAGGACGCUGUAUGUAAAUCUAAAAACGAGGGCAUAAUAUCUGCUCAUGGAACGUAAGAACACACCUAACAAAUUAGGUUUUCCAGUCACUCCGUGUUGCAAAAGAGCAAACAAAUAGAAUAAUACCAUAACUACAAUAAAAUGUAUCUGCUAUUUCGUCGCUCCUGUUAAAAA